GGGGGGAGUGGGUUGGUGGGUCCCUUUUUGCUGCUCAGACUCAUCUGCAUCUGUGAGAAGAUCCCCUUCCCAGGGUCCUGGUGGUUCCUCUCCACCCAGGAUCCCAGUCCUCAGAGAGCGGGCUUCUUGAUGGAGGAGGCUGGGGUGGGGAGCUCUGAAUUUGGGCUCAAGAUGGGAACCAGGGGCAGCAGAAGGGACCGGGAACCCCACUUCCUAACCCUCCCUACUCCCCAAGCUCCUGCUGCAGAGGCAGCUGUGUGGAUGACCUCAUCCCACAAACAUGCUUUGUUCCUGAGAAAAUGGAAAGUGUCUGAGGUUUGGUGGGGGGCUGGGUGUCUGCAGCAGCAGCUCUCCGUGCUCCCCCUUGCCUGACUCCCCACCCUAGAGGGGGCCUGACUGGAGAGUAAAUGUCUUCAGUGGCUCCCACUCACUCACCCUUCACUCCCCCAGCCCCAGACCCUUAGAAAAGCUGGAGAGAGGCUGUCUUCUCCCAGAGGCAGGGGGAAGGAAAUAAUGACACAGGGGAUGGAAAGAUUCUGGGGCUCUGCCAGGCACUGCCAGGAGUGAUGCCCAGCAGGAGAGAGGGCAGAGGGCACACUGCAUCAUCGCCUGUUCCCCUCUCUGUCCCCAAGCAUCUCAUUUCCCUUUUUUUCUCCCCUGUUGCUGGCAAAACCUGACAGCUGGCCAUCUGUGCUGUCACAGCUGCUGCAGAUGUUGCAGGCCAAGGCUGCCCAGGCUGAUGUGGCCAAAGAUGCAGAGGGAAGUGGUGUGGGGUGAGGGCAGAGGGUCCAGCUGGGGAAGCUUGGCUGUGACCAGCUUGCAGGAUUUCCUUCCUGGUUAAACCUGGGCUGAGCCUCUGAAGUCCUUGUUGUUGGAUUCUCCUGGGAAGGGAGGCCCAAUGUUAUUUCUCCCAUCAGCCUCCUCCACGUCUACCAUUCACUGGCCCAGCAUCCUUCUUACACUCUGCUGUUUCCUGAAUGGGGUUAAGGCAGGGAGAGGGGGGUGGUGCAAAUAGCCCCAUAGUCAUCCCAAAGCGCCUCACUCCAGGCCUCUGGCUAUGUCCCUUCCUGGGAGUCAGGAGACGUGAGAGUCCUGUUCAGAGGGGAGAGGGUGGGGUGACUCCUUGCCCCUGCUCUUACACCCUCUUGGAGACAGUAAAGACAGUGGAGGCUAAGCUCAGGCUAACUGUAGGGGCAGGAAAUGAGUCACUGACCCAGGAAAAGCCCCCUUCCCCCAGUUCUGCCAGGGCCCAGAUAAGAAAAGAACUUCUGCUUCCUGAUUUUUUCCUGACCCCCCUCACCCCCAACGUUAAAUACAGAAAUAAACAUGCAGGACUUUUGUGUUCCCAGAAGCACCCAUUCCCCAUCACCAUCUGCUCUGACCUGGCAUUUCCUAUGCCCAGUCUCGUGUUCUUUUUUUUCAAUGCAGUGUGGCUAAGCCACAGCCCCUGGGGGUGACCGCCGCCCCACCGUGUGCCCCUCGCAGGGCUCACUCACAGCCACCAUGAGCGAAGCCUUCGACUGUGCCAAAUGCAGCGAGUCGCUUUACGGGCGCAAAUACAUCCAGACGGACGAUGGCCCCUACUGCGUGCCCUGCUACGACAACACCUUCGCCAACACGUGUGCCGAGUGCCAGCAGCUGAUCGGGCACGACUCACGGGAGCUGUUCUACGAAGACCGCCACUUCCAUGAGGGCUGCUUCCGCUGCUGCCGCUGCCAGCGCUCCUUAGCCGACGAGCCCUUCACCUGCCAAGACAGCGAGCUGCUCUGUAACGACUGCUACUGCAGUGCCUUCUCCUCGCAGUGCUCCGCCUGCGGGGAGACCGUCAUGCCCGGGUCCCGGAAGCUGGAGUACGGAGGCCAGACAUGGCAUGAGCACUGCUUCCUCUGCAGCGGCUGUGAGCAGCCACUGGGCUCCCGUUCCUUCGUGCCCGACAAGGGUGCCCACUACUGCGUGCCCUGCUAUGAGAACAAGUUUGCUCCUCGUUGCGCCCGUUGCAGCAAGACACUGACGCAGGGUGGCGUGACAUACCGUGACCAGCCCUGGCAUCGAGAAUGCCUGGUCUGCACUGGGUGCCAGACGCCCCUGGCAGGGCAGCAGUUCACCUCCCGAGAGGACGAUCCCUACUGUGUGACCUGUUUCGGAGAACUCUUUGCACCCAAGUGCAGCAGCUGCAAGCGCCCUAUCACAGGACUCGGUGGAGGCAAGUAUGUGUCCUUUGAAGACCGCCACUGGCAUCACAGCUGCUUCUCCUGUGCCCGCUGCUCCACCUCCCUGGUGGGUCAGGGCUUCGUGCCGGACGGAGACCAAGUGCUGUGCCAGGGCUGCAGCCAGGCAGGGCCCUGAGCCAGGGCUCCCGGACUAAGGCUCCUUCUCCAGACCGCCUCUGGGACCCAGCCUCUCCCCAAUUUGGGGCUCCCCUUGGGCUCCAGGAUUCAGCCUCCCCACUCCAGCGUCCUCAAUCUGGUACUUCCUGACCCAGGGCCCCCAAACCCUGGACUCUCCCGGAGCCUUCAUCAUCAUUCAAAUCCCCUCCCCAAACCUGAACUCCAGAACUCUCUCCUCUCCCUUCAGGUCGGGCUUGCUUCCCAGACCAAGCCCUUUCCCCAAAUCAGGGCUCUGGGACCCAAUCCCCCUUCAAUCUAGACUUCUCUCCAAAGACUUUAGGUCUCCUAUGGGUGCCUGAGAGGUCCUCAAAAGUCGAACAUACUCAGGCCUGACGCUCCCCACCCCUGUCCCACCGGGAUCCCCAAGGAUGGGGCUGUCUGGGCAGCACUGGUUAGGGGGUCCUAGGGUACAGGUCUUUGCCCAUCCCGUGUUGUGAGUGUUUUUCUCUUUUCAUUUCAGCUCCAUUCUGCCCAGAGAUGGGCAGAGGGGUGGGUUUGGCUCGCCCCCCUCUUUCAGAUUCUGCAAUAAAGCAGUAUGAGAAAGUGAA